AUGUUACGCACCACUCUCUUUCUAGCCGCGGCAUCAUUAGCCACAAGCUCAAUCAUUCAGCAACCUUUAAAAGAAGCAGGCACUCAAUCUCUUAUCAGCAGUACAAAGACCAAAUCACCAAUCAACUCCUCUUCCCUUCAAAACGACAUCAAGACUGAAAAUCUUCUCAAACGAGCUCAUCAGCUGUAUAAAAUCGCAGAGGAAGGUAUCCAUGAAUAUAAUCACCCUACGAGAGUUAUUGGUUCUCAAGGUCAUACGUCAACAAUUGAAUAUAUCUAUUCUUCCAUCGCGGAACUCGGCGACUACUAUGAUAUCUCCAACCAGACAUUCCCAGCUGUAAUGGGCAAUAUUUUCGAGUACAGAUUAGUACUUGGUGAUGUCGUUCCUGAGACUGCUAUUCCCAUGAGUCUCACACCUCCCACAUAUAAAAAAGAUGCCGUUCUCGGCCCGUUAGUUUUGGUCGAAAAUGACGGUUGUAAGGAAUCGGAUUAUCCCGCGGCUGUGAAAGGCUCGAUAGCUUUAAUUCGUCGAGGAACUUGCGCUUUUGGUGAUAAGUCUGCAAAUGCAGGUAAAGCAGGUGCUCUUGCGGCAGUUAUAUAUAAUAAUGCUCAUGGAGCCCUUGGGGGUACCUUGGGAGCUCCAGACAAAAAUCAUGUGGCUACUUUUGGGAUAUCGGAUGAGGAGGCGGCUCCACACAUCAAGAAAUUACAGAAUGGCAAGCAUGUUGAUGGAUCUGCGUAUAUUGAUGCAGUGGUUCAGGCUAUCGAGACCACAAAUAUAGUUGCCCAGACAAAAGGAGGAGACCAAUCCAACUGCGUAAUGCUGGGAGGACAUUCCGAUAGUGUUGCAGAAGGACCCGGUAUUAACGAUGAUGGAUCUGGAAGUUUAUCUCUACUUGAAGUAGCCACCCAAUUAGUCAAUUACGAAGUCAACAACUGCGUUCGAUUCGCAUGGUGGGCAGGUGAAGAAGAGGGACUUCUCGGCUCCGAUUACUACGUCUCCCAACUUUCCGACGAGGAGAACUUGAAGAUUAGAUUAUUCAUGGAUUACGAUAUGAUGGCAUCACCAAAUUAUGCCUAUCAAGUCUACAACGCCACUGAUGCAGCCAAUCCAUCUGGAUCCGAGGCCUUGAGAAAUUUAUACACAGAGUGGUACGAAGCUCAUGAUCUCAACUACACAUACAUUCCCUUCGACGGUCGAAGCGACUACGAUGCCUUCAUCAAGAACGGCAUUCCAGGAGGUGGCAUUGCAACCGGAGCUGAAGGAGUGAAGACUGCCGAGGAAGCCGAAAUGUUUGGCGGCAAAGCCGGAGAUUGGUUUGAUCCUUGUUACCACCAACUUUGUGAUGACAUUGAAAAUCUUGCUCUUGAUGCUUGGUUAAUCAACACUCGGCUUAUCGCUCAUUCAGUCGCUACUUACGCCAUUUCCUUUGAUGGAUUUCCCAAAAGAACUUUAGAAAGCAUUAGUGCUGCUAAAACAAGUGCAAAGGAAGAGACCAAAUAUCAUGGUCCAGAGUUAUUCAUGUAA